AUGGCUUCAAAGAAGAUGAUGACAACAACUAUAGCUCUCUUCCUCACUAUCAACCUCGUCUUCUUUGGCUUCACCGCGGCCCAAGUCCCCAGUCCUCAACCUCCGGUGUGUCCCAGAGAUAGGAUCCAACUCCAACCCUGUAUCCUCAGGCUUCGCCUCAGCCUGUUCCUUACCCCUCGAAUAGUGGAGCCAUGCUGCACUCUCGUUGCUGGGCUAUCACCCGCUGUGGCCUCUGUCUGCCUAUGCAAUGCCGUUAGAAUCUCGAUCUUGAAUUUCAUCGUGAUCACGGCGAGACUUGAUCAGGUUCUUAGACUCUGCAAUGUCAGUCCACCAACUGGUUUCCGCUGCACUUAA